AUGAAUUCGUCAAUCGGCCUCGCUGCACAUCUUGCAAUUGGCAAUGGACGCUGCACCACGGUUUCGCAAACCACCAAGAACAGCAGUCCACUGGUCUCUGCCCUAGAAGACCGCGCCGCCAAUGACGGCAGCACUGCUUACUCCACCAGUGCAGCUUCACAUGCAAAUGCCAAAACAGCCAUGAGCGCCACCAACGCCUUCAACGCCUCCAACGCAGAUAUCCAUGCAAACACAAAGGCGCCUGUCACGGACAUGGCAGACACGACAACGGCUGCAAACGCGAGCGCCAGCGGCCUCACGCAGCGCCGCAACAGGAACGAGCCGGUGCCUGCCCGGCUGACGAAAGAAACCAGCGAAAACGACGGCACGCCCAUCGAGCCGCAACACGAUGACGCCACGAUCCAGCAGCUGCGCAAGGCCUUCCAGCGCAAGUAUCGCCAUGUCGCCGCCAUCCACUCCAAGACGCAGCCGUCCUGCUUGAGCCACGACAGUGUCAUCUCGCCCAGCUUCCUCGGUUUCCGCAAUCUCAUGGUGAUUGUGCUGGUCGCCGGCAACCUACGUCUUAUGAUUGAGAACAUCCAAAAGCUCCAGUACGGCGUCCUCAUCUGUGUCCGCUGCCACGACUUCCGCCAGCAUGAUGUUCUCCUCGGCCUUGUCUUGUUUCUCUCGAUCCCCCUCCAUCUCUUUGUCGCCUUGCUUAUUGAGCUUGGCGCCUCGCAGCAGGCGCAAGUUUGGCGCAAGCGGACGACGGCAGCCAAACUGCAAAACAAGAUUGGCGCCGCCGGCAGCCACAGCGGCAGCAGCAGCAGCAACGGCGCCAAGAGCAGCACGGGUGCGUCCAGCCCGACCGAAGACGAGGCCCGCCGCUUCACGGCCUUGUGGCACGUCGUCGCCUGGCUGCACGCGGCCAACAUUUCCAUGGCGCUCGCCAUUGCCUCGUAUGUGGUGUACUUCCACAUCCACCACCCCCUCGUGGGCACGCUUGUUGAGGUCCACGCCAUUGUUGUCUGGCUGAAGACGGCCUCCUAUGCCUUUACAAACCGCGACCUCCGCCAUGCAUACCUGCACCCCUCGCGCGGCGAACGCGAAGCGCUGCCCGCUCUCUAUGCGCAGUGCCCCUACCCGGAAAACAUCACUUUUGGCAACCUCGUGUACUUUUGGUGGGCACCGACGCUCGUCUACCAGCCUGCGUACCCCCGCGCGCCCGGGCCGAUCCGCUGGAUGUUUGUGGCCAAGCGCCUGGCCGAAGUGUUUGGCCUGAGCGUCUUCAUCUGGUUCUGCAGCGCGCAGUAUGCGGCGCCCGUCCUGCAGAACUCGCUGGCCAAGAUUGCCUCGCUCGACCUGUUUGCCAUCCUGGAGCGCCUGCUCAAGCUGUCGACCAUUUCGCUGGUGGUGUGGCUGGCCGGCUUUUUCGCCGUGUUCCAGUCGUUCCUCAACGCCAUUGCCGAGAUUACGCGCUUCGGCGACCGCGGCUUCUACGACGACUGGUGGAACAGCGAGAGCCUGGGCACCUACUGGCGCACCUGGAACAAGCCCGUCUACCACUUCUUCCGCCGCCACGUCUACUCCCCGCUGCUGGGCCGCGGCUGGAGCCCCAUGGCCGCGUCGCUCAUGGUGUUUUUGAUCUCGGCGCUGCUGCACGAGCUGGCCGUCGGCAUUCCGACGCACAACAUUAUUGGCGUGGCGUUUUUCGGCAUGCUGCUGCAGCUGCCGCUCAUUUUCCUGACCAUGCCGCUCGAGAAGAUGCACUCGGCUACGGGCCGCCUGAUUGGCAACUGCACGUUUUGGAUCUCCUUCACCGUGCUCGGGCAGCCCUUUGCGGCGCUCAUGUACUUUUACGCCUGGCAGGCCAAAUACGGCAGUGUCAGCAAGCAGCUGGCCAGCCACCCAUAA